ACGUUAGGUGAUCUUGAAACCGACUAUAGGAAACAGCAUUAAUACUAGCGUCAGAGCGUGAGGUCCCUCAUUGUAAAGUCAGGAUCUGCAAGAACUGGUGCCUUACAAGUUCUGAAGCACACAUUGAACAACGAUGGCUGACGACCUUCCCCCAGAACAGAUUGAAGUGCUAAAGAAGGCAUUCGAUGCUUUUGAUCGCGAGAAGUCUGGCAGCAUCUCUACCAACAUGGUGGAGGAGAUCCUGCGGCUGAUGGGUCAACCCUUCAACAGAAACACUCUCGAGGAGUUGAUUGAUGAAGUAGACGCGGACAAAUCUGGACGACUGGAGUUCGAAGAAUUUAUCACUUUGGCAGCAAAAUUCAUUAUUGAAGAGGAUGCGGAAGCAAUGGAGAAAGAACUUCGGGAAGCAUUCCGGCUUUAUGACAAAGAAGGCAAUGGGUACAUCCCUACUUCAUGCCUCAGAGAGAUCCUACGUGAGCUUGAUGACCAGCUGACCAGUGAUGAGCUGGACAUGAUGAUCGAAGAAAUUGAUUCUGAUGGCUCAGGAACGGUCGACUUCGAUGAAUUCAUGGAGAUGAUGACUGGCUAAGGGCAAUGAUCACCGCAUACAAACAUCAUGCCAAAAGACAUAUUUUCCAAUUUUUGUUACAAGAUGUAUUUUCUUUUACUUACAUAAUUGUGUCUAGUAUUGUCUGUAUUGAUGUGUUUGUGAAGUAUUAUGUAUGUAUCUUAUGAUAAAACAAUAAUUCCAAAUAAACAAAAUUCCAAAUGGAACCACAAGGAGGAAA